AUGUCCUUCACUGCGUUUACCCAGAGCAUCGUGGACUUGGCUGUUUUGAACCCACUGCCAGGAGCCGUGCUGGCAAUUAUCACCCUGUUUGGUGUCGUCAAGCUCGGCAAUCUUUUCGGCAGCUACCUGGCUGUUUUGCUCGAUACCCUGGUCCGCAGGGGCACCCCUUUGACUACUUACGGCAGUAAGGCCGGCGCCUGGGCAGUAGUUACCGGUGCCACUGCGGGCAUUGGCGAGCAGUUCGCUCAUCAGCUUGCUCGUGCUGGGUUCAAGGUGCUGCUUGUGUCUCGCACUCAGUCUAAAUUGGACGCGGUUGCCUCGGAACUCAAAGAAAAGUACAGUGGCGAGGUGGCUACUUUUGCUCUAGAUGCCGCGUCCGCUGGUGAUAAAGAGUACAGCCAGCUGGCAGCUUUUGUUGAUGAUCUUGAGGGCGGCGUCGGUGUUCUUGUCAAUAACGUCGGACAGAGCCAUGAGAUGCCUGUGCCAUUUGCCGAAACUACCAAAGAGGAAAUGCACCAGAUCAUCCAGAUCAACAAUGUUGCCACGCUUGAAAUCACCCGUGCUGUCAUCCCCGCUCUGCAAAAAUCUAUCAAAACCAAAAAAUCAAAGCGGGCAUUGAUUCUCACCAUGGGCUCGUUCGCUGGAUUGACCCCCACGCCUCUGCUGGCCACCUAUUCAGGAUCCAAGGCAUUUUUGCAGGGCUGGAGCUCUGCGUUGGGUGCCGAGCUCGCUCCCGAGGGCAUUGACGUCGAGCUCGUCGUUUCUUACUUGGUUACCUCGAACAUGUCCAAGAUUCGCCGCACGUCAGCUAUGAUUCCCUCUCCCAAGGCCUUUGUUAAAGCUACUCUACGGAGCCUGAACCGUCGCGGUGGUGCUCAGGAGCGUGCCUACACCUCUACACCGUUCUGGUCUCACGGCCUGCUCCACUGGUGGAUCGAAAACGCCCUUGGCGUGUACAGCCGCAUUGUUGCUGUAUUUAACCGCAAAAUGCACGUCGAUAUUCGCCGCCGGGCAUUGCGCAAGAUAGCUAAAUCUGCAAAUACUCAGUAA